GACUACAGGGUGUUUAGUGUUCACUGUUCGCUAACGUAGCACUCGUGUGCCAGUCUCCAGUUAGCGGCUGCACAUGCGCCGAGCGUCCGCUUACCUGAUAUAUGUUUGACGUGUUGUUGAAUUUCUACUCAUUUGACGUCAGAUCGCGCCAGUCGAUUCUUGUUUUGUAGAUCGUAAAAAUGUUUACGAAAAGUGAAAUAGUCGUGUAAAAGUUUUAGUGGAACAUUGACGACAAUGCUUAGAGUGUUGAAUUAAAAAUUGGGUAAUAACAUAAAAUCGCACAAAUUUGUCACACGGCCACGUGCGUAGUGUUUGCCGGCGUCUGUGAUUGAUUUUUUGCGGUAUGGGCGAAGAAAUAAAAGGCGAGGAAGGAAAUGUGACUUUGAAACGUAAAAUAACACUAUUUAAUGGUGUUGGGAUUAUAAUUGGCACGAUUAUAGGAUCUGGAAUUUUUAUAUCGCCUACUGGAGUUUUCUUAUAUACCGGAUCCGUAGCCGCUUCGCUAAUAAUAUGGCUUGUGAGUGGUCUUCUAUCAACAUUGGGCGCCUUGUGCUAUGCAGAACUAGGGACUUCCAUCGCGAGGUCGGGCGGUGACUAUGCGUACAUUUACACGGCCUUCGGGCCGUUGCCUGCGUUUUUGAGAAUGUGGAUCGCUUUACUUAUUAUAAGACCAACGACACAAGCGAUUGUGGCUCUCACUUUUGGCCACUACGUUGUUAAACCAUUCUUCCCGGAAUGUGAACCGCCUGCGAAUGCAGUGAAGCUUUUGGCUGCAGUUUGUUUGUGUAUAUUAACAGCUAUCAACUGCAUCAGUGUGCGAUGGACGAUGCGUAUACAAGAUGUCUUCACGGCUUCGAAGCUUCUUGCUUUAGUAAUCAUCAUCAUAUCUGGACUGUACUAUAUUGGAAUAGGUCACACCGAAAACUUUAAGGACGCGUUUGCUGGCGAAUAUGGUGCUGGAAAAGUGGCUGUUGCUUUCUAUUCUGGACUUUUCGCUUUUGGCGGUUGGAAUUAUUUGAAUUUUGUCACUGAAGAGCUGCAGGAUCCAUAUAAGAAUUUGCCGCGUGCGAUAUGGAUCGCUAUGCCGAUGGUGACUAUUAUCUACGUAAUGGCAAACUUGGCCUACUUCGCCGUUGUCUCCAAAAUGGAAAUGAUGUCAAACUCCGCUGUGGCUGUGAUAUUUGGCGACCGUUUAUUCGGCGGAUGGAGCUGGCUCAUCCCAGUUUUCGUAGCACUGUCAACGUUCGGCGGCGUCAACGGAGUGCUGUUCACGUCAGCGCGACUCUUCGCGACGGGCGCGCAAGAGGGACACAUGCCUGCUUUCUUCUCGCUCUUUCACAUUGAUAAACAAACUCCGAUUCCGUCGCUGAUAUUUACGUGUUUCUUCUCAUUACUCAUGCUGACAACGAGCAACGUGUUCGAGCUAAUCAACUAUUUCUCCCAAACUCUGUGGUUGUCAGUGGGCGCUUCCGUCGUUGGGAUGCUUUGGCUCCGAAGGACCAAACCGGAUAUGCCUCGACCAAUUAAAGUCAAUCUGGCGAUUCCAUAUGUUUUCCUCGUUGCUAUCGCGUGUCUCGUCUUCAUUCCAGCUUUCACUCAACCCAAGGACACAGCUAUUGGUCUUGGCAUUCUUCUCUCUGGCAUCCCGGUUUAUUAUCUAUGCGUGAAAUGGCAAAGCAAACCCAACAGCUACCAUAGAUUCUCUGGUUGUAUACUAAGGUUCCUACAGAAGCUCUGCUCGUGCAUUUACGUAGACUCGUUAGAAAAAUUGUCCAAUGGAAAUUGAAUGGUAUCAAACUUAUUAUAAAACUGUUUAAACGAGCAGACUUCAAUACAUUAUUUAUGAUACUUAAAACAUUAUAAAAAUCUGCAUAUUAGUGGCCAAAAGCUUCCACCAUUUAAAACAAAAUCAUUUUUUUCGAUGUAUGAAUAAAGAAAGUUCAUCUAUGCGUAGUGUAAAGUAGUAUUCGUUUAAACAGUUUUAUCUUAGAGUGUAUGAAAAUGACACGUUUAUUUAUAUUGACCACCAAUUAUUGCUACAAGAAUAAAUGUAAAUGGACCAAUAUAUUGUAUCCUAUUAUAUGGUUAUGUGCUUUGAUAUUAAGGACAUUACAACGGAUUUAAAACGUUAUUUAUUAUAAAUAGCCUGUACUCUGUUAUUUUUUUUUAAUAAAAUCUAUGAAAUACAUUAUUUUUGAAUAUUAUUUUUUUAUGAAUAACUUUUAUAAACGUUUUUUAUUAUUGAACAUUGUCGUUGAAAAGUUUAUUUUUUAGUUAUUUUUUUAAUAUUAGCAAACUUCAUUUUACAUUCGUUGCAAAGUCUUUCGUGUAUGUACUCUGUACUGCUUAUGUUAAAGUAUUUAACCAUUAGAUGUUUAGUAAAUAUAAAUAAAAUUAUAGGUAUUGACAAAUAUAUUAUACCUAUACUGAAUAAUAUAGCUACCUGCCACCUUAUUGUAAUGUUAUAUUUAUCAUCAAAAAUGGCUAUAAUAUGCAACUUUCCAUAAAGAUAAGGAUUAGGACAAAUAAUUUACUUUAAGUAACUGAUGGCAAUAAAUAAUAUCGCAGUAUAGACAUUUUUGUUACAAGAAAUGGCCAUUUAUGCGAAAAAUUUGUAAUAAUAUAGAAAACUAUUGUAAUUUAUAUGACCUUAAUGACUGCAAAGCAUUUUACGGUACAUUUAAUAAUUUUUCUACAGUAAAUAACAGAAAAUAAUUGCUUUUCACACAUUUUUAAUAAUACAUCGCGAGCUUUAGCAAGCGUUUAUGGGUAACAUAUGCUAAUAUAUAGUAUUAUUAUAUCAAAUUUUACUCAGUACUUACAUUAUAUAAUCUUAUGAUAUAAAGAAUUUUAAUGAAUGUAAAUGGUGACGUUUUUUAUUUUAUUAGGAAAAUCUUAUAUCGCGUUUAUAUUAUAUGUAUUUAUUGACUUGUAUAACUAUCCUAGAUACUUUCAGAGGAAUGCCUAUCUUAUCUAAAUACUUUAUGCAUCUAUACGUAUAUCGAAAGAGAGUCUACACUUGAAUUUUAUUGAAUAUAAUAUGUAUUAGCGUAUUCUGUAGAACACUUUAGAAUAAUAUAUAUUUUGUAGGGCCGAAUAUACAAAGGUCAUCUAUUUACUUAUUAUACUGUACAAUAUAUCAUAUCGUGAAAAAUAUACUAUUGUUAUUGUCCAUUUUUAUCAAUAGUAGGAUGCGAUUCUGAGCAUUGGACUGAAUAUUUCAUUUUUAAUACUCAUUUAAAUAAUGACUCACACAGUAUGAUAUUGUGUGGUCUGCUGAAAAUAUUUGUAAUAUGAUAGAGAAAAGCUGGUAUUAUUAGUAUAUAAAAAAGGUAAUAAAUGUACUGUGCUUAAAUUUCUACAGACCAUAGAAUAAACAAGAUUUAAAAUGACCAAGCACCAUGCCAUUACGAUAUUCCUUGUAAGUUUAAAAUGUUCAACUUGGAAUGUGAGAAAGAUUACAUUUCUACAGAAAUCAACUAGUCACAAGGAAAAAGUAUCUUAAAAGUAUCUCUUAUAUUUGACAAAGUGCAGAAAAUUUUUGGACUCCUGUCUCGUGAUGUCAAAUAACAGCCAAACAGUACUCUGUUUUCAUGUCAAUAACAAUUGAUAAAUGCUCCAUUUUGUUUUAUACAUGGUCUAUAGAAUUUGGGAUGUUGACAAAUAUAUCCUACGUGAUUUGUCACUGUCAAUAAAAAAUAUUGCAAUGAAUAUGUAUGACAUGUUAUAAAAAUAAAGCUGAACUGAUAAAAUC